CAAGCGAUCGAUGAUACGGCCCAAUGGCCGCGCACACUGCAGCCUGGCGUGCACGAGCUCAGUCUGCUGGGCGAAGACAUCCGUGCCAGUGUUGGGGCAGAGACAUACAACUCCACAGACUUUCUUAUUGGCGAUCUCUUUAAAUCGUCCUACUCAGCUGUGCGGGAGGUGGAGGUUAUGCGGACG